AUGCCGACACUCCCAGCCGCCAAGAUCACCAUAAUCUUCCUCACCAGAAAUUCUCCAGACCACCGCUCGAACCGCGUCCUAAAUAGACGCGACGGCUGGCGCGUCCUGAAUUACAUCGUAUGCGACCAUUGCAUGGACCACCAUGCCACCAAAUAUAGCUACUAUUACCUACACAACCACCGCAGCUUCGCCCAGACCCGUUCUGACCGCCAC